CCCGGGUGCGUCUGGAAUUUCGCAGGUGUCGAGGACCAUGGCCACCUCUUCGGUGUCCAAGGGUUGCUUUGUGUUUAAGCCAGACUUCAAGAAGAGAAAGAUCUCUGUGCCAAUAGGAGUUCAGGACUGCCAUGGGAGUAGAACUGGAUUCAGUAGAAUAAAAGAAGUUCAAAAACAGUUUAAAGUGCAUAUAGGACUAUUUUAAUAAAGGGAAAAAUGAGUCUGAGGACAGUAAGCUUCGCUUUGAAACUUACCAGUUGAUAUGGCAGCAGAUGAAAUCUGAAACUGAGCGACUACAAGAGGAAUUAAAUAAAAACCUGUUUGACAGUCUAAUUGAAUUUCUUCAGAAGUCUCAUUCUGGGUUCCAGAAGAAUUCAAGAGACUGGGGCUGUCAAAUAAAACUCAGAGAAAUUCCAACUGCUGCUCUUGUUCUAGGUGUGAAUGUAACAGAUCAUGAUUUAACAUUCAGAAGUCUAACAGAAGUCCUUCAGAAUAAUGUUACUCCAUAUGUAGUUUCAUUGCAAGCUAAAGAUUGCCCAGAUAUGAAACAUUUUUUGCAAAAGCUGGCCUCACAGUUGAUGGACUGCAAUGUAGACGUGCAAUCCAAAGAGAAAGAAAGUGUUCAGGUCACCCAGAAAAAGAUACAUUAUUCAAUGGAUUCUCUUUCCACUUGGUAUAUGAGUGUCACACAGAAGACUGACGUAAAAAUGCCAAGAAAAAAGAGGACUCCUCCUAGCCAAUGGCAGUCUCCUCCUGUUGUGCUUAUCUUAAAGGAUAUGGAAAGCUUCACCACAAAAGUACUCCAAGACUUUAUAAUUAUCAGCAGUCAGCAUCUACAUGAAUUUCCACUAAUACUCAUUUUUGGAAUCGCCACGUCUCCUGUUGUCGUCCAUCGGAUGCUUCCUCAUGCAGUAUCAUCUCUAUUGUGUAUAGAACUAUUCCAGUCUUUGUCUUGCAAGGAGCACCUGACUACAGUACUUGAUAAGCUACUUCUUACAACUCAAUUUCCGUUUAAACUAAGUGAAAAAGUGUUGCAGGUUCUGACCAACAUCUUUUUGUAUCAUGAUUUCUCAAUCCAAAACUUUAUAAAAGGACUUCAGCUUUCUCUAUUAGAACAUUUCUAUUCCCAGCCCCUCAGUGUUCUGUGCUGUAAUCUCCCAGAAGCCAAGAGAAGAAUAAAUUUUUUAUCAGAUAAUCAAUGUGAAAACAUCCGACGUCUUCCAUCGUUUAGGAGGUACGUGGAAAAGCAAGCUUCAGAAAAGCAAGUUGCACUGUUGACCAAUGAGAGAUUUUUGAAGGAGGAAACACAGUCAUUACUAGAAAACCUACAUGUUUACCAUACAAAUUACUUCCUGGUUUUGAGAUGUCUUCAUCAGUUCACCUCUUCUCUUCCCAAGUACCCACUGGGUCGACAGAUCAGAGAGCUGUACUGCACGUGUUUAGAAAAGAACAUACGGGAUUCAGAGGAGUAUGCAUCGGCUUUGCAGCUGCUGAGGAUGUUGGCAAAGGAUGAACUGAUGGCCAUGCUUCAGAAAUGUUUCAAGGUUUUUAAGUCCUCUUCUGAAAAGCAGCUUGGCAACACAGCAAAGAGAAUAGAGGAGUUCCUGGCCCAGUUUCAGAGCCUCGAUGCUGCAGCGCUAGGCCCCAUGAGUGCUGAGCCAGUGCAAGAUGAAAGAGCCAGCCUACUUGACUGGAGGGGCAUGAGCGUGAGGAAGUGCCACCCCAUGGUACCAGGGGCUCCCUCCAGAUCACGCGCAGGCAUUAUUGCUCUGCAGUGCCUUUGCAGGACAAAAGCCAAAGAAGAAGAAGAAGAUACUUCUGAGUCACAGUCAAAGGGACUUCAGAAGACAGACCUCUAUCAUCUUCAGAAGUCAUUAUUGGAAAUGAAGGAGUUAAGAAGAGCAAGUAAGAGGCAGACCAAGUUUGAAGUCCUCAGAGAACAGCUUGUGAGCUUCAUCGACAGUCUGGCGCGAGAAUACCUCCUGCUUCCAGAGACACAGCCUCUGCAUGAGGUGCUGUACUUCACUGCUGCCCACACCCUUCGCCAGCACCUGAACGCUGCCCCGCGGAUCGCCCUCCAUACCGCACUCAACAACCCAUAUUAUUACCUCAAGAAUGAAGCACUGAGAAGUGAAGAAGGUUGUAUUCCAAAUGUCGCCCCAGACAUCUGCAUAGCAUAUAAACUGCACCUGGAGUGCAGCAGGCUAAUCAACCUUGUGGACUGGUCGGAGGCCUUUGCAACAGUUGUGACAGCUGCUGAAAAAAUGGAUGCAAAUUCUGUAACCUCAGAAGAAAGGAAUGAAAUUAUCCAUGCUCGGUUUAUUAGAGCUGUUUCUGAACUAGAACUUUUAGGAUUUAUAAAACCUACCAAACAGAAGACUGACCAUGUGGCAAGGCUAACAUGGGGAGGCUGCUAGAAAGCAAAUGAGUGAAGCCAGAAAGACAGCAUUUAGCUUAAGAGUAAAAGGAGACCAAUCAUAUUUACACACCGGUAGAGGAAGAUUGCUUGGGAAGAAGCAUAAUGUGUAAUCCCUGUGUGAUGUUUAAACAGAAAAGUAGACUGUUAAUCCCUAUCAGGAAUGUAUCAAAGCACCUUUGGAGUACUUUAGAAUCCAACAAAUAACAUGCUAACAUUGCAAGUAGAACCUCUCUCAGAGUAUCACUGCAAUUUUCAUUCAUUAAGAAAUUAUGAAUAAAUUGUUCUUGAACAUACAUAA